UGUGGGUGCCGAGCAGUUGGAAGGGAAGGGGAGGUGUGGCGGGCGCCGCGCGGCCAGGAGCACCCUACAGGUGGGGUUGGGUUUGCUGCCGCGUCCGUGUGGUGGUUAGCAGGAAAAGCAGGAUUUGUCAUCUCAACGAUUCAGUGACCCUAGGGUAGGUCAGAUAUACGCCAAACUUGAAAGCCAUAUUUAAGAUCUGCGGACAAAGUUUUACAAACGCUUCCAUUUUUAAUGGAAUCGGGCAGGCAUGGGAGGACUGGGAGGGGAAGGGAACUGUAUUAGUAUGCGAACCGGCAAGACCAGCUUUGAUUUAAAUUUUGUGUGGAGUCCUGUAAAGAGUAAUUUGGUUGAGAAGCUCUCAUAUGAACUCACCUGAAAAACUUAAUAGAUUUAUUGAUGUUUUAUAGCUGAUGGUACUUGCCACUCUUUUUUCUAGGUUUAUUUGAUGCCCUUUAUAGCGGCUAAUGAUUUAUUGUAACGCUUUCCGAAGCUUUGAAGUGUCCUCUCACCGAAGUAGUUCGAGUUGUCAAGUUUUUCUUUGGUGUCUGGGCUACCGCAGUCCUCAAACCAGAUUUGCUAAUGCUGUCUUCACUACUGGAGACUUCUAAAUUCUUUACCUUUUUGUUUUUCACCGGAACCUGUUUGCUUCAUUCUUAGGUAUACCUACUUAUGCACCUUAUAAUCGUCUUUUAUAUCUCAGAUUGUUAUUUUGUGUCAGUAAGUAAUCCAUAAAGUGCCAACAUGGGAAAGAAACGGACAAAGGGAAAAACUGUUCCAAUUGAUGAUUCUUCUGAAUCUUUAGAACCUAUGUGCAGACACAUUAGAAAAGGAUUGGAACAAGGUAAUUUGAAAAGGGCUUUAUUGAAUGUGGAAUGGAAUAUUUGCCAAGAUUGUAAGACGGACAAUAAAAUAAAAGAUAAAUCUGAAGAAGAAACGGAAGAAAACCCUUCAAUUUGGCUAUGUCUUAAAUGUGGGCAUCAGGGCUGUGGCAGAGAUUCUCAGGAGCAACACGCCUUGAAGCACUAUAUGACACCAAGAUCUGAACCUCAUUGUCUGGUUCUCAGUUUGGACAACUGGAGUGUAUGGUGUUACCUAUGUGAUGAUGAGGUCCAGUAUUGUAGUUCAAACAGAUUGGGUCAGGUGGUUGAUUAUGUUAGAAAACAAGCUGGUAUUACAACUCCAAAAUCAGCAGCAAAAGAUGGUAACAUUGAACUUGAAAAUAAAAAAUUAGAAAAGGAGAGUAAAAAUGAACAAGAGCGAGAAAAAAAGGAAAACAUGACUAAAGAAAAUCCUUCCACUAAUUCUGCUUCCCAAAUAACUGUGAAAGGACUCAGUAAUUUAGGAAAUACAUGUUUCUUCAAUGCAGUUAUGCAGAAUUUGUCACAAACACCGGUGCUGAGAGAACUACUAAAAGAAGUAAAAAUGUCUGGAACAAUUGUAAAAAUUGAACCUCCUGAUUUGGCACUAACUGAACCCUUAGAAAUAAACCUUGAGCCUCCAGGCCCUCUUACUUUAGCCAUGAGCCAGUUUCUUAAUGAGAUGCAAGAGACCAAAAAGGGAAUCGUGACACCUAAAGAACUCUUUUCUCAGGUCUGUAAAAAAGCAGUACGGUUUAAAGGCUAUCAGCAACAAGACAGCCAGGAGCUGCUUCGAUAUUUAUUGGAUGGAAUGAGAGCAGAAGAACAACAAAGAGUGAGUAAAGGAAUUCUUAAAGCAUUUGGUAAUUCUACUGAAAAAUUGGAUGAAGAACUAAAAAAUAAAGUUAAAGAUUAUGAAAAGAAAAAAUCUAUACCAAGUUUUGUGGACCGCAUCUUUGGUGGUGAACUAACUAGUACAAUCAUGUGUGAUGAAUGCAGAACUGUCUCCUUGGUUCAUGAAUCUUUCCUUGAUUUGUCUCUACCAGUUUUAGAUGAUCAGAGUGGUAAGAAAAGUAUAAACGAUAAAAAUUUGAAAAAGACGAUGGAAGAUGAAGAUAAAGAGAGUGAGGAGGAGAAAGACAAUGAUAGUUAUAUCAAAGAAAGGAGUGACAUUCCAUUGGGAACAAGUAAGCACUUACAGAAGAAAGCAAAGAAGCAAGCCAAAAAGCAAGCCAAGAACCAACGAAGGCAACAAAAAAUUCAAGGAAAAGUUCUUCAUUUAAAUGAUAUCUGUACCAUUGACCAUCCUGAAGAUAAUGAAUGUGAGGUUGAAAUGUCGCUUCAGGGAGAAGUGGAUGUUAAAUCCAACCAUAUUUCAGAAGAGGAAAUUAUACAUAAAGAAUAUUGUGUUAAUCAGAAAGAUUUGAAUGGCCAAGAAAAAAUGGUAGAAAGUGUAACUGACAAUCAAAAAUCCACAGAAGUAGAUAUGAACAAUGUCAACAUGGAUAAUGAUCUAGAUGUCUUGGCAUCUUCUCCUGGUGACUGUACUAGGAAUUUAAAUGGUGCCUAUCUGACAGAAGGGAGUGGUGAUGUGGACAUUUCCAGUGGUUUCAAAAACCUUAACUUGAAUACUGUUCUUCAACCUGAUGAAAUAAAUAUAGAGAUUCUGAAUGAGAGUCAUUCUCCUGGGACCAAGAUAUAUGAAGUCGUAAACGAAGAUCCAGAAACUGCUUUCUGUACUCUUGCAAACAGGGAAGCUUUCCAUACUGAUGAGUGUUCAAUCCAACAUUGUUUAUAUCAGUUCACCCGAAAUGAGAAACUUCGAGAUGCAAAUAAGCUGCUUUGUGAAGUAUGCACCCGGAGACAGUUUAGUGGACCAAAGGCAAACAUAAAAGGAGAAAGGAAACAUGUUUAUACCAAUGCGAAAAAGCAGAUGCUAAUUUCUCUUGCUCCUCCUGUUCUCACUCUUCAUUUAAAGAGAUUUCAGCAGGCUGGUUUUAACCUACGCAAAGUUAACAAACACAUAAAAUUUCCGGAAAUCUUAGAUUUGGCUCCUUUUUGUACCCUUAAAUGUAAGAAUGUGGCUGAAGAAAAUACAAGAGUACUGUAUUCCUUAUAUGGAGUGGUUGAACACAGCGGUACCAUGAGGUCAGGGCAUUAUACUGCCUAUGCCAAGGCCAGAGCUGCGAAUAGUCCUCUCUCGAAUCUUGUUCUCCAUGGUGAUAUUCCACAAGAUUUUGAAAUGCAGUCAACCAAAGGGCAGUGGUUUCACAUCAGUGAUACACAUGUGCAAGCUGUGCCUACAACUAAAGUACUGAACUCGCAAGCGUACCUCCUGUUUUAUGAGAGAGUAUUGUGAUAGUUUCAAAGAGUGCUUCCUCCAGAAACAAGCUUAUGGCUUUUAAAAUGGCUGUAAUUAAUAAUAAUAAUAAAGAAGUAAAGACUAACUGUAAAAUCAUGUUCACUUAAAAUUAAAACACAUGCCAGAAGAAAUCAUGUUUAUUAAAAUACUGAAGGGAAGACACCUAAAAAUUUACAGUGGUUUUGUAUUGUCAUAGUGGUUUUUAUUCUUGCUGCCAGUUUCUGGAAAGGAUUCUGAAUUCCUUAAGUCCUCUGUGCUUAAAUAUGUCUGGGUGGUGGGUUAUAACAUCAAUAAACUGACUUACCCCCGAAACUUGUUUUAUUACUUGGAGGAUGUUAAGUUGUGUUUUUACCCUAGCAGGUAACAUUUAAAAAAAUGUUUCAGACUGGUUAAUGAAAUUCCAAGUGAAUUUUUAAAAAGUGUUGGUUAUUUAAGCAUAGACAUUAGAUAUUGGCAGUAGUAUAUACUUGGAAGAAAUACUGUUAUCUGCAAUUCUGAUGGCAUACAGUGUAUACAGCUGGGGUGUGGGUCUAACUACACUUGUUCUGUGCAGUUGUUAAUGGAUCCAAGGUAGAUACUCUCAAGUAAUUUGAUACCAGGUCCCCCUUAAUGCUAGCAUGCCAGAGAGUGUCCUUUUCCCAAGCCAGCCAGCAUUGCUACAUUGCUUAUAAUCCUGAGUCUUAAGGAUACCAAGCUUGACUAAACUUCCAUUACUCUUAACACUUGCUAACUUUAUCUAAAAUCCAGUGAGUCCUGCUGCUUCCAAAAUUCUUUUUAAAUACCAAAAUAUAAAUUUUAAUUUUCUUAAAAUAUAAAAUUUCACUGUUACUAGGAGACCUUACAUAACCAAUACACAUAAUAGCACAUGUCCCAUAAAAAUCAGUUAACCUUUCAUGUUAUUUUUUCAAAACUCCAUACUGAUCUUAAGGAAAAAUAUCUACCUUAUAAAAACUAACUUGCUUAAUUUAUCUGUAUUAGCAGAUAGAUUUUCAGUUGCAUUACAAAUAUUUUUAUAUUCUACUACUGGACUGUAUUUUAAGUUAGGCAUUACUAAAACAAGUUCACUCAAGUCUUAGAAUUCCCAGAGCAGAGCUGUGAAAAAAACUUAAAUCCAGCAGUCUGGGGGACGACAGACUUCCUA